AUGGAGGAGGAAGUGACCAGCGGAGGCGACAACAUUGUUGCCGAAUUCAAUACAUAUGAAGACUUUUUGGACUCACAGAUAAAACCUAUAGAUCUUUUUUAUUUAGAGGAUGAAGAAUUGGCUCGCCAAGUUGUGGAAUUGGGAUACAGAGGAAGUGGGGAGGUGUUGAAAAGAGAGGAAUUUGAGGCAAGGAAACAAGCAGCAGAGGCCAGUCGAUUGUCUAAACGUAGUCAACAAAAAACACUAGCAAGUUCAGGAAAGGAACUAAAAGACCCAUUCUUGAAAGCACUUGCCCACAGAGAAGAAGCCAACAGGAGCGGGAAAAUGACUACAAUAAUCUUCAUCCGAGACAAAAAUGCAAGGGGACAGGAGAUUUCUGGCUAUGUUGAUUAUGCCCACCGAUUGAAAACAGAAGAUUUUGAAUCAUACUUCGCAGCAAGAAAAAGAUUAUUACCAAGGCCAUCUGAUUUAAGCUUUUACAACUGGGAAACACAAACAUCCACAUCUAACCCAACACCCAACUACCAGGUCAUUGCAGAGAAUGCCUCUGGACUGUUGUUCAAAAAUAAGCGAGACAGAAAAAUCAUCAAUGUAGACCCGAAGGUAACCACACCAGGUGAUAAUUCCACGCGGACCGUCAUUGAAACCAGCAAGUAUGUUCAGGCCGUCAUAUAUGACCACAUCACACGGCGAAAGACAUGAUUGUGUUUUUACAAGAUAUUGACACUCAAGGUGAUUUAAGUGAAACUUUGGCGGUAUGAUCCAACUCCUCCCCAGAGCUCUGGCAGUUCUGUGUUUACAGGAAUAUACAAUAUAUGUGGCUAUUGUAAUGACCGAUCCAUAUGGAAACUUGUUCCUUCUUCUGGUACAUGUACUGGGAAGUUAUUUUGUGAUAAGUCAUCAAACAUCAAUUGUUUAUGUGAAAUUCACUUUUUAAUGAGAGGUAACUUGGGUAUAUUUUACUCAAAAAUGUUAAAUG